AUGACAGCGGGAAGCUGGUGCCGGCCAAGCCUGGUCAGUCGCCUGACCCGAAACCUGUGGCCGGCCGCCAAGGCACUCAGAUCACCGUCGAGGAUCUGUUCUACAACGUCCCCACCCGCCGGCGAGCCUUCCGGUCUCCCGCGGACGAGUACAACAAGAUCAUCGACAUGGUUGGGCCGCUACGCCGUCCACUGCUCCAACGUCGCCUUUUCCUGCAAGAAGCACGGCGAGUCAUCGACAAGCAUUGCCGUGCAAGCGACUGCGUCAGGCCUCGACAGGAUACGGCAGAUUUACGGGGGCAGUGUUGCCAACGAACUCACCGAGUUCUCCACAUCCGACGACCGUUGGGCGUUCAAGGCCGAGGGGCUGGCCACCAACGCCAACUACAGCACCAAGAAGACCACCAUCCUAUUAUUCAUCAACCACCGCUGCGUUGAGUCAUCCAACAUCCGGAAAGCCAUCGAGCAGACCUACUCCGCUUUUCUUCCCAAAAAUGGCCACCCCUUCGUGUACCUGAGCCUCGAGAUCGACCCCCAACGGGUAGAUGUCAAUGUCCACCCCACCAAGCGGGAAGUGAAUUUCCUAAACGAAGAUGAAAUCAUUCAAGCCAUCUGCGAGCACAUCCGCUCCAAGCUAGCCGCUGUAGAUGCCAGCCGGACGUUCCUCACCCAGAGCCUGCUCCCGGGCGGCACCUGGUCUGGCCCCAUCCCUAGCCCCCAUGACUCAGCGGUAGCGGCCGCCGCCCCCUCUAAGACAAUCAGCGGCGCCGCAGCAGCUCGCAAGACCCCCGCCCGGGCCAACGAAAACAACCUCGUCCGCACCGACACCAACCUCCGCAAGAUAACCAGCAUGCUGUCUCCGGCCGCCGCCACCGCCACCGCCACCACUACCACGGGCGGCCCGUCCUCCGACGCCCCAGCAGCAGCCGACCUUGCCGCCGCCGCCGACGCGAUCGCGUACGAGACGGUCGACCGCGAGGCGACGGCCUGCCGGCUGAUCAGCGUGCGCGAGCUGCGCGCCGCGGUGCGCGACGACAUGCACCACGAGCUGACCGAGGUCUUUGCCAACCACAGCUUUGUCGGCGUCGUCGACGAGCGCCGCCGCCUCGCUGCCAUCCAGGGCGGCGUCAAGCUGUACCUGGUGGACUAUGGCCGCGUGUGCUACGAGUAUUUCUACCAGUUGGGGUUGACGGAUUUUGGGAAUUUUGGCGUCAUACGGUUUAGUCCGCCGCUGGAUUUGAAGGAGCUGCUGACACUGGCGGCGCAACAGGAGAAGAAUGCUGCUGCUGCUGCAACUGCUGUUGCAGAAGAUAACGGCGACAAUGACGGCGACGACGAGUUCGACGUCGCCGAGAUAGUAGAGCUUGUCGGGGAGCAGCUGAUCGAGCGGCGGGAGAUGCUGCUCGAGUAUUUCUCACUCGAGAUCUCGCCCACCGGCGAGCUGCUCAGCAUCCCGCUGCUCGUCAAGGGCUACAACCCGGCCAUUGUCAAGCUGCCGCGCUUCCUCCUGCGGCUGGGCCCGCACGUCAACUGGGGCGAGGAGAAGGCGUGCUUUGAGGACUUCCUCAAGGAGCUCGCUUCCUUCUAUGUGCCCGAGCAACUCACCCGCCACGCCGGGGAAUGA